AUGAAGGAUAAGCCCAAGUACGAGCCUCCCCCGAGGCCUACGACUCGAGUUGGUCGCAAGAAGAGAAAGGCCGGUGGCACCAGCGCUGCUGCCAAGCUGCCGGCUAUCUACCCUACCAGCAGAUGCAAGCUCCGCCUGCUGCGAAUGCAAAGAAUCCAUGACCACCUCCUUUUGGAGGAGGAGUACGUCGAAAACCAGGAGCGCCUGCGAAAGGCCAAGGCUGCCAAGGAGGGCGCUGCCGUUGGACCAGACGCCGACGUGGACAGACUAGCCGACGAGCGCGGACGAGUAGACGAUAUGCGAGGAAGCCCGAUGGGCGUCGGAACUCUGGAAGAGCUCAUUGAUGAUGACCAUGCGAUCGUUAGUAGCACUACCGGUCCUGAGUAUUAUGUCAGCAUCAUGAGCUUCGUCGACAAGGAUCUUCUCGAGCCCGGCGCGAGUGUUUUGCUGCAUCAUAAGAGCGUGAGUAUCGUUGGUGUUCUCACAGAUGAUACCGAUCCUAUUGUCAGCGUCAUGAAGCUCGACAAGGCUCCGACGGAAUCGUACGCAGACAUUGGCGGUUUGGAAUCGCAAAUCCAGGAAGUCAGAGAAUCGGUCGAGUUGCCAUUGCUCCAUCCCGAGCUGUACGAAGAGAUGGGGAUCAAGCCGCCAAAGGGUGUCAUUCUUUACGGUGCUCCUGGAACGGGCAAGACUUUGCUUGCCAAGGCUGUCGCCAACCAAACAUCUGCCACCUUUCUCCGCAUCGUUGGCAGUGAGCUGAUCCAGAAGUACUUGGGUGAUGGUCCUCGCUUGGUCCGACAGCUCUUCCAAGUUGCGGGUGAGAAUGCACCUUCAAUUGUUUUCAUUGAUGAAAUUGACGCCAUUGGUACGAAGCGUUAUGACUCCACCUCUGGAGGCGAACGAGAAGUGCAGCGAACCAUGCUGGAACUUCUCAACCAGCUAGAUGGUUUCGAUGACCGCGGCGAUGUCAAGGUUAUCAUGGCCACCAACAAGAUCGACACGUUAGAUCCCGCCCUGAUUCGACCCGGACGUAUUGACCGGAAGAUUUUGUUUGAGAACCCCGACCAAAACACCAAGAGAAAGAUCUUCACGCUGCACACAUCCAAGAUGAAUUUGAACGAUGAUGUCGAUCUGGAAGAGUUUAUCUCGCAGAAGGACGAUCUUUCCGGAGCGGAUAUCAAGGCAAUUUGCUCGGAAGCCGGCAUGAUGGCUCUACGGGAGCGACGCAUGCGCGUACAAAUGGCGGAUUUCCGUUCUGCUAGGGAGCGUGUGCUGCGUACCAAGCAGGAGGGCGAGCCCGAGGGUCUGUAUUUGUAA